AAAAAAAAACGCAGUCUCUAAAACUCUAAAGAGCGAUCAUCCGAGAGAGAUAGAGAAGAAGAAAUAAAGGAUCUUUUUCAUGGGCGAUCGCUGAGAUCCCCCUGACGAACAUAACACAAAAAUUGUCUUCAAUCACGAAUCUUAUUCGAUAUAUAUAUUGGAGCCCCUGAUCUGGUAAAAACUCGAUCUUCUUUAAGUUGCCGCUUAUAACUUUGGGGCUUUGGGGGAAAGAAAAUUCAUCUACCUUUGUAUUUCUUCUCAGGUUUAUAAUUUCUAGUGGAAGUAGUUUGAAAUGGUGUUGGUAUUGGCAUUGGGGGAUCUCCAUGUACCCCAUAGAGCAGCUGAUCUACCUCCUAAGUUCAAAUCAAUGCUUGUCCCCGGGAAGAUUCAACACAUCAUCUGCACUGGAAAUCUCUGCAUCAAAGAAAUCCAUGACUACUUGAAGACUAUCUGUCCUGAUUUGCAUAUAGUUCGAGGGGAGUUUGACGAAGAUGCACGAUACCCUGAGAACAAAACCUUGACUAUCGGGCAAUUCAAGCUGGGACUGUGCCAUGGCCACCAGGUGAUCCCAUGGGGUGAUCUAGACUCACUGGCCAUGCUUCAGAGACAACUCGGCGUUGACAUACUUGUAACAGGCCAUACCCACCAGUUCACAGCCUACAAACACGAAGGAGGAGUGGUGAUCAACCCGGGAUCUGCAACCGGAGCUUACAGCAGCAUAAACCAAGACGUUAACCCAAGCUUUGUCCUUAUGGACAUCGAUGGUUUCCGAGCUGUGGUUUACGUCUAUGAGCUAAUCGAUGGAGAGGUUAAAGUCGACAAGAUCGAGUUCAAGAAACCUCCCACCUCCAACUCUGCUCCCUAGUCCAAUUUUAAAACAGCCUGAAACCUUUUUUAUGUUUUUAUCUGAACUCACUCCUAAAAAAUUUGGUACUUUCUUGUGAAAAAUAAUCUUUUAAUUUAACAAUUUGGAAAUUGAAUCA